AUGAAAAUAUUUAGAUGGAAUGUACGCUUGAGAAUUUUGGACAUAUCAAAUUUAUUUGCAUCGUCAGUGUCACGUGACGAACGACCUCAUUUGCUGGCUAAUGCAUUCGCUGAUUCAGUGAAUGAAUUUAAUGAUUUACAAGAGUUAAUAGUGCGUAAUAAUGAACUUGAACAUAUUUUACCUGAAACAUUCUGCAAGCUGAAUGGCUUAAUUCGAUUACAUUUAUCUGGCAAUAAGUUGAAGACAUUCACUGUUAAAUCGGGUUGCUUACUCAAUUUGAAUCUGCUGGAUUUGUCAGAAAAUAAAAUUUCAACUUUAUCAAUCAAAGUUUGGGAGAAUUUGCCAAGCUUAACAACUCUCGACAUUUCAUCGAAUCCGUUGAACUGUGACUGCAUGAUUAUGCCUGUUAUUAAAGAACUAUCGAAAAGUCCUUCUUCCUCUUUAAAUCAGGGCUAUGCGAUUUGUGCUGCGCCAGAAUCAAAAAAAGGCCAAAACAUUUUUGAAAUUUCAGAUUUUGAAUGUGAAAGUAAUAAUCGAUUAUUGUAUUUAACUUUACUUACUGUUUUACUUUGCAUAGCUCUUUUUACUUUUCAUACAUAUCGACAUCGUAUUAAAUUGCAACAUGUACCAGUUAUUGCAGGAUAUAGCAAAUUAUUAGGAGAAAAUGAGCAGACUACUGAUGCGCAAUUUGUAUAA